AAAAGCUUGUGCGGUGGAGCCACUGCAAAGGAGCAAGACCUCCCCUGGUCUGGGAAAUUGACUGACGGCUGAAUCCAGGUGUAGCUAGCUCGCCAUUUACUAGCUGGCUACCUAAGCCAGGACACCCAGAGCCCUGUCGGCGUUCUCAGCCAGUUUAGCGCCCGAGACCCCUUUAAGCCAGCGCUGUACGACAUCUGGCAGAAGUGCCGUAAAAGGGGGUGGAGCCGUGGAGCAGCGGAAGUCGGAAGCAGGAAGUUGCCGCCAGAGCUGCGCGUGGUUGCGAUGGCGGCCAGCGGGGCUGUGGAACCGGGCUCCUCCGGGGCUGCGGCCGCGUCCUCGCCCGGUCCUGCCAGGCCGCCCGCCCCGGGACACUUGUUCCGGCCCAUCAGCGCCGAGGACGAAGAGCAGCAGCCCACUGAGAUCGAGUCGCUGUGCAUGAACUGUUACCGCAACGGCAUGACCCGUCUUCUGCUAACCAAGAUUCCCUUCUUCAGAGAAAUAAUCGUGAGCUCCUUCUCCUGUGAGCACUGUGGCUGGACCAACACGGAGAUCCAGUCUGCAGGCAGGAUCCAGGACCAGGGAGUGCGCUACACCCUGAGUGUCAGGGCGCUGGAGGACAUGAAUAGAGAAGUGGUGAAGACUGACUCUGCCACCACAAGGAUCCCUGAACUGGAUUUUGAAAUUCCUGCCUUCAGCCAGAAGGGAGCUCUGACCACUGUUGAAGGUUUGAUCAACCGAGCCAUCUCUGGCCUGGAGCAGGACCAGCCCACACGAAGGGCAAAGGAAGAAGCCGUGGCUGAAAGAAUCGAUGAGUUCAUUGUCAAACUGAAGGAACUAAAGCAAGUGUCCUCCCCUUUCACUCUGAUCAUUGAUGAUCCCUCAGGGAACAGCUUUGUGGAAAACCCACACGCUCCCCGGAAAGAUGAUGCCCUGGUGAUCACACACUACAACCGGACGCUAAAACAGGAACAGAUGCUAGGGCUCCAAGCAGAAACAGCGGAAGAGAAUCCAGGAGAGGAAGACCUCAGAAAUGAAGUGCUGCAGUUCAAUACAAACUGCCCAGAAUGCAAUGCCCCGGCUCAGACCAACAUGAAGCUAGUGCAAAUCCCCCACUUUAAGGAGGUUAUCAUUAUGGCUACCAACUGUGAGAACUGUGGGCAUCGGACCAAUGAGGUGAAAUCUGGAGGAGCAGUAGAGCCCUUGGGCACCAAGAUCACCCUGCACAUCACGGAUCCCUCAGAUAUGACCAGAGACCUCCUCAAGUCUGAGACAUGUAGUGUGGAGAUACCAGAGCUUGACUUUGAACUGGGAAUGGCUGUCCUCGGGGGCAAGUUCACCACACUGGAGGGGCUGCUGAAGGACAUUCGGGAGCUGGUGACCAAGAACCCUUUCACACUGGGCGACAGUUCAAAUCCUGGCCAGACGGAGAAGCUGCAGGAGUUUAGCCGGAAGUUGGACCAGAUCAUCGAGGGUAACAUGAAGGCCCACUUCAUUCUGAAUGAUCCAGCAGGAAACAGUUACUUGCAGAAUGUGUACGCACCUGAGGAGGAUCCCGAGAUGAAGGUGGAGCGCUAUGAGCGCACCUUUGACCAAAACGAGGAGCUGGGGCUCAAUGACAUGAAGACAGAGGGCUACGAGGCAGGCCUGGCCCCGCAGCGGUAGCGGUGGGCACUUCACAGGCCAGCCUCCAGUGCUGCCCAUGCUGCAGGGCUAUUUAUUACUGUUGGACUAAGGCUGGAAUGUCCUUCCCACCAGGUCUUGUGCACAGCGGGCAGGACACCUGGGCUGAGUGAGAUCUGGGCACACUUUCUAAACAGCCGUGAUGCAAGUGCAAGCCUGUUGUAUUAUUUGACUUUAUUUUGAGGUUUUGACUUGACCUGGCAAGAAACCCGGGAAGGAACCAUGGGGCACGUUAUCAUCACUGCUUUCCUACCUGCCACCCACAGAAUGCUGUGUCCUUAAGCUUGGACUUCUGAAGUGGGUGAAGGUGGAAGACAGUUACAGCUGGAGUUUGAGAGUUGGUUUUGUAUUUACACUGACUUCCAUCAGAAAAGGAGUCUUGAGGGGAGGAAGUGCAGCAGGGUGAAGCAGCCGUCAUUAAAAUGGCUUUCCAACAGCAUUGGCCUCUA